AUGUAAACGGCACAACCACAGAUAAACGGACUGAUAUACGACUUGGCGUAUAUGGUGGUAUUGGUGUCGCUCAAAUGUCAUCGGUUUUAAUCGCAACACUCAGUCUCGCUUUCGGCGCUACACGGGCAUCAAACAUCCUCCAUGAGAAGUUGAUUGUUAGAAUUGUAAAAGCACCAAUGGAAUUCUUCGACACGACGCCACUGGGCAGAAUUCUUAACAGAUUCAGCCAAGAUAUGAAUCAAGUUGAUACAAAUAUAAGAGGAACCUUGAUAAUGAUGCUGAGAGGGUUGUCAAGUAUUAUCACUACUAUCAUCGCAAUUAGCUACACAUCACCAUAUUUCCUUAUAGCCUUUGUGCCCCUGUCCAUCUUGUAUAUAUUCAUACAGAGAGUAUAUGUUGCAUGUUCUAACCAGCUAAGAAGAUUAAACUCCAUCAGAACGUCGCCCAUAUAUUCCCAUUUUGGCGAAAGUGUUACCGGGGCGUGCUCAAUCCGUGCCUAUAAUAUGCAGAGUUCAUUUAUUAAACAAUCGGACAAACUCACAGAUGAUAUGAUGAUGGCCAAGUUUCCAUCAAUUGCUGUAAGCAG